AUUCAGUAGAGGCAUAAUUCCAGCAAAUGCUGUGUUGUUUCAUGGACUGAUGCUGGGAGGAGAGCGGAUCAGUCACAAAUCUUCAUGGAGUUAAACUAGAGCUGGGACCCCCUACCCAGCUGUGUCCGUGAAUGUGGGCAUGGGAAUCCCAUCCUAACACGCCAUGGCUCCUGCCCUCAUGCUAAUCAUGCACACCUGCUGAACCUGCUCCCCUGCUGUACAACUACUCAUCAACACAGCAGUCGAUGAGCAGGUGCGCAACUCAUCUACCUUCCACCCUGUCAUCUGACUGCAAACCCACCUGCAUGCUCACCCUUGUACCAUCCUUCCACCAUCUCUUGCCUACUGUCAGCCAUGCAUUAUCAGCCAUCCCCACCAACAAUCCAGUCCUGAGAAGCUGAUUAGUGUCCUGUUCCCUUUUGACCUGUGGCUAAAUGGCUCAUCAGUAGCAACACCAGCCCCCAGAGUGCUACAGCCUGCCCUGCGAAUCCCAGCUCAGCCCUGCCCAUGUAACACACCCCUAGAGUCGCUGACCAACACUUAAAUCGCCUGCCUCCAGGUUGACUUCCAGCAUCUUCUCUGUUGUGCAUCACUUGCAGCCGGUGGGGAUUUAAUUAAUUCUUUAGAGGAAGUUUGAAAGACAACAGCCAUUCAUGUUGACCUACUUAAAGUGACUCAUAUCACUGCAGCCUGCCAUGGAAUAUGAUUGGGAUUAUUUCCAUGCCUGCUCGCUCCUGUCCCCAUGCCUGUUUACGUUCAUGUGAGCCACACUCCCCUGGCUGCCAGCCACCCCGCGGUAUUUAUAGUCAAACAGCGGCAAUCAGAGCUCAAGGAAUCCUCGCGAAAUCCUCUUCAAACCUCCAAACUUGGACUGAGUGAGAGGUAGAAAGGGGCUGGUUUAAGGAUCCACACCUGAACGAGGCUCUCUGACGAUGAAGGAGCGCGCGGCACCUCAAGCAUUAUGGUGAAACCUCCAACUGUUCUCUGUAGAGAUGCAUACCAGUUCAGACCAGUCCCUCACCCGCUCCCUUACACCAAACCUCUACCCCCCAUCCAGCUGUGGUCCAGGAGGACAAAUGCAUGUCCACUCCUCCCUGUCCCUCCCUGAGCCUGAGGCCUGGAGGAAACCCAGCCCUGCAUCACGUCAUGGCCUAGCACAGGGGGCCCGCUCCUGCUCCCUGCAGGUCCCGCAUGCAGCACCAGAAUAUUUAGGACUGCCCCCUCGAGCUGCCAGCUUUGACGUGCCCUGUUGUGAGGAUGAGGCUUCUUCAGAUCAUGGUUCAGGGUCUCUGAGCCCGCACGGCGCGCUGCGGAGAAGAGGGGGACUGGUAGAGCAGAAGGACAUCAUCAUGGCUCACCAGGCUCACAAAAUCCAGAGCACACCACAGGCCCGCAGAAAGGAGUGGGAAAUGGCUCGCUUUGGAGACGAGGCCGCUCCCACAACGGUGGACUCCGGGGAUGGGGACGUGGAGCGCGGCGGGGACGCACAGGACCCGGCGGAGGCGGCGGCAUUGACUGCCUCUAUUAAACAAGCCAAGGCGCAGCGGGCCCGGACCAUGGCUCUGUACAACCCCGUCCCACACCGGCAGAACUGCCUCACCGUCAACAGGUCGCUCUUCAUAUUCGCAGAGGACAACAUCAUUAGGAAAUACGCGCGAAAAAUCAUUGAGUGGCCACCAUUUGAGUACAUGAUCCUGGCCACCAUCACCGCCAACUGUGUCGUCCUGGCCUUGGAGCAGCAUCUCCCUGGAGAGGACAAGACCCCCAUGGCAAAGAGACUGGAAAAGACGGAGCCAUACUUCAUUGGGAUCUUCUGCUUUGAGGCGGGGAUCAAGCUGGUGGCUCUUGGUUUUGUUUUCCAUAAAGGGUCGUACCUAAGAAACGGCUGGAACGUUAUGGACUUCAUAGUCGUUCUCAGCGGGAUCCUGGCAACUGCUGGGUCCCACAUGAACAUCCCAGUCGACCUCCGAACCCUGAGGGCCGUGCGAGUGCUGAGACCUCUCAAACUCGUCUCUGGGAUUCCCAGCCUCCAGAUUGUGCUGAAGUCCAUCAUGAAGGCUAUGAUCCCACUACUCCAAAUCGGCCUCCUCUUGUUCUUUGCCAUCCUCAUGUUCGCUAUCAUCGGUCUGGAGUUCUACAGUGGGAAGCUUGACCAAACCUGCCUGCCAUCUUUUGAUAUCCUCGAAAAUGAGACUGUGGACUCAACAGAGUUGGCAUUUUCCUGCGGGGUGAGGAAGUGUCCAGAGGGUUACAUCUGCAAUGACACCGGGAUUGGACCCAACGACGGCAUCACACAGUUUGACAACAUCCUGUUUGCUGUACUCACUGUCUUCCAGUGCAUAACCAUGGAGGGAUGGACGGCUGUUCUGUAUAAUACCAACGAUGCCUUGGGUACCACAUGGAACUGGAUGUACUUUAUUCCUCUCAUCAUUAUCGGCUCGUUCUUUGUGCUGAACCUGGUUUUGGGAGUCCUGUCUGGAGAAUUUGCCAAGGAGAGAGAGCGGGUGGAGAAUAGGCGCGCCUUCAUGAAGCUUCGCCGGCAGCAGCAGGUGGAGCGAGAAUUGAACGGCUACAGAGCCUGGAUAGACAGGGCAGAGGAAGUGAUGCUGGCAGAAGAGAAUAAAAAUUCAGGGAGAUCGGCGUUAGAUGUGCUAAAGAGAGCGAGUAAGAAGACUGGAGCACGGAGAGGAGCUCCAGGGGAUGAAAAGUUCACAGACACAUCGACUGCCAGCAUGUCUAGAUCCAGGAUGAACUUCCGCAGUGGCCGGCGUGGUCCUGCUGCCUACCUGCGGCGUAAAGAGCGCAUGUUACGCAUCUCCAUCCGCCGCAUGGUGAAGACAGAUACUUUCUACCUGAUGGUGCUCAGUCUUGUGGCUCUAAACACCAUCUGUGUGGCUAUUGUCCACCACAAUCAGCCUGACUGGCUCACCAUUUUCCUCUACUAUGCAGAGUUUGUUUUCCUUGGGCUGUUUUUGGCUGAGAUGUUUUUGAAAAUGUAUGGUCUGGGUUUCCGGCUCUACUUUCACUCAUCUUUCAACUGUUUCGACUGUGGGGUCAUUGUUGGCAGCAUAUUCGAGGUGGUUUGGGGCUUCUUCAGGCCGGGCAUGUCGUUUGGGAUCAGUGUACUCAGAGCGCUAAGACUUCUGAGAAUUUUCAAGAUCACAAAAUAUUGGGCAUCUCUCAGGAACCUGGUUGUGUCCCUCAUGAGCUCCAUGAAGUCCAUCAUCAGCCUGCUGUUCCUUCUCUUCCUCUUCAUCGUAGUGUUUGCUCUGCUGGGGAUGCAGCUUUUUGGAGGAAGGUUCAUCUUUGAAGAUUACACUCCCACCAACUUUGACACAUUUCCAGCUGCCAUCAUGACAGUGUUUCAGAUUUUGACCGGUGAGGACUGGAACGAGGUGAUGUAUAACGGGAUUCGCUCACAGGGUGGAGUGCAGUAUGGCAUGUGGUCAUCCAUCUACUUCAUAGUGCUCACCCUUUUUGGAAACUAUACACUGCUGAACGUCUUCUUGGCCAUCGCUGUGGAUAAUCUCGCCAACGCACAGGAACUGACAAAGGAUGAAGAGGAGGAAGAAGAGUUCUUCAACCAGAGAUAUGCCAGAGGUAGAGACGGCCUGAUAUCUGAUGGGAGGAGAAGACCCUACCUAUACAGGAAACGAGCCAUCCACAGAGGACGGCCAAACUUCCCAGAGGACCCUGAUGGUGCACCGGGGGCCGCAGAUGAACAGCCGCUCAAUGCCAGACCUUUUUCAAAUCGUCGCGAGAGGAGAAGAAAGGUCAACAUGUCAGUGUGGGAGCAGAGAGCCAACCAGCUACGCAAACGUCGCCAGAUGGCAAGCAGAGAGGAGCUGUUUAGCAGCCCGCCUGAGGAAACCAAUGAAACCCCUGCAAUCACCCAAGAGGCAAGCCCAGGACACCUGCCUGAGUCUCCUAUGUCUGUUGGGAUGCCCCUCCCUGAACCCCCAAUGUCCGUCUCCAUACCCAUGCCAGAGCCUCCAACGGCUGAGCCUCUGGUCAACCUGAAUGAGGAAAAAUCCGGAGGAGGAAAUCAUCGGGCUGCAGGUGGGGGAAGGCAUAGGAUGGGCCGCAAGUUCAGACCCAGUCAGGGGCCAGAAGAAGGGGCGAGACACAGACGCCACCGUCACCGAGAAGCUCGACCUGAGGCCAAGAGUUUGGAAUGUUCCCAUAUGCCACACGAGGUGCUACAAGUGAGACGAUCGCUCAGCCAAGAAAGGAAGAUACUAGAUGAGAGGGAGGAGAAAUCGGAGGUGGAAGGAGGAUCGGUCCAAGAUGAUGGAACAACCAUCGUCAACCCAUAUGCUGAAGUCGGAGAUGACUGUAGAAGAUCUAUUUUACCUGGUGCCGACAUCCCUGACCCUCCCCAGUGUGAGCAGCUGCUAGAUUGCUCCUGGUCAGAACAGGGGGAAGGUAGACACUCAGACCAGUACCAGCCUGUGGAGUCUGCCUUAGAGGCCACUGAGUACACUGUGAGGACCAUUGAGUCAGAAAGCCGCCCUGUCUCCCUGAAACGUAACAAAGCUAACUUGGAGGGAAGCGUGGCCAUUGAAAUGUCUGCACAGCCGCUGCUGGAGCUUACGCCCAUGACAGGGAACAAUAAAGAGUUGGAGGCAUACGACUCCGAGGAGGAACUUGAAACCGAGGAGGAAGAGGAGGAACCUCCUCCUAUGCCUCCCAAACCUGUAGCUCCAGACAGCAUGUUCAUUUUUAAGGCAUCAAAUCCUAUCAGACGGAUAUGUCACUAUGUGGUCACCAUGCGCUAUUUUGAGAUGACCAUCCUCAUGGUGAUUGUGGCAAGCAGCAUUGCCCUGGCUGCUGAGGACCCUGUGUGCACAAAUUCAGACAGAAACAAGGUCCUGCGUUAUUUUGAUUAUGUCUUCACCGGAGUCUUCACCUUUGAAAUGAUAAUCAAGAUGAUAGACCAGGGUCUCAUCCUCCAUGACGGCUCUUAUUUCCGAGACAUGUGGAACAUCCUGGACUUCAUCGUGGUGGUGGGAGCUCUCAUUGCAUUUGCUCUGACGAAUGUGAUGGGAAACAACAAAGGCAGAGACAUCAAAACAAUCAAGUCUCUCAGAGUUUUGAGAGUUCUGCGGCCUCUUAAAACCAUCAAGAGGCUUCCUAAACUCAAGGCUGUCUUUGACUGUGUGGUCACAUCUCUGAAGAACGUCUUCAACAUCCUCAUCGUGUACCAGCUCUUCAUGUUCAUCUUUGCUGUCAUCGCUGUGCAGCUCUUCAAGGGGAGGUUCUUCUACUGCAAUGACAGCUCCAUGAAUACAGAGAAGGAAUGCCAAGGCUACUACAUUCACUACAGCAGAGAAAAGAAGGAGGUGAAGAGACGAGAGUGGAGGAGACACGAGUUUCACUACGACAAUGUCUGCUGGGCGCUCCUUACUCUUUUCACUGUCUCAACUGGAGAGGGAUGGCCUCAGGUCCUGCAGCACUCCACCGAUGUAACAGAGGAGGAUAUCGGGCCGAGUCGAGGAAACCGGAUGGAGAUGUCCGUUUUCUAUGUGGUCUACUUUGUGGUUUUUCCCUUCUUCUUUGUCAACAUCUUUGUGGCUUUGAUCAUCAUCACCUUCCAGGAGCAAGGCGACAAGAUGAUUCAGGAGUGCAGCCUGGAGAAGAACGAGAGAGCUUGCAUCGACUUCGCCAUCAGCGCCAAGCCGAUGACCCGCUACAUGCCCCAGAACAGACAAACGUUCCAGUACAGACUGUGGCACUUUGUGGCUUCACCUUCUUUUGAAUACACGGUGCUCGUCAUGAUCGCUCUCAACACUGUGGUCCUCAUGAUGAAGUACCACUCGGCCCCGACAGCCUAUGACACAGUCCUGAAACACCUCAACACGGCCUUCACUGUCCUCUUCUCUUUGGAGUGUAUUUUAAAGAUCAUGGCAUUUGGUCUUGUGAACUACUUUCGAGACACUUGGAAUAUUUUUGAUUUCAUCACUGUUCUUGGCAGCAUCAGUGAGAUAAUUGUGGAUUUACAGUCGGUGAACACCAUCAACAUGAGUUUCCUGAAGCUGUUCCGAACAGCUAGGUUGAUCAAGCUGCUGAGACAAGGAUACACCAUCCGUAUUCUGCUGUGGACGUUUGUACAAUCUUUUAAGGCUCUACCAUAUGUCUGCCUCCUUAUUGCAAUGCUUUUCUUCAUAUAUGCCAUCAUUGGAAUGCAGGUGUUUGGAAACAUCAAGCUCAAUGACGAUAGCCACAUCACUCAACACAACAACUUUAAGACCUUUUUCAGUGCUCUGAUGCUGCUCUUCAGGAGUGCGACGGGGGAGUCCUGGCAGGAGAUCAUGCUUUCCUGUCUCUCAGGUCGAGAGUGUGAACCAGACUCCUCCAUCGCCCCCGACACCACGUCUCCAGACCACGAGGGAGGCUGUGGGACCGACUUUGCUUACUGCUACUUUGUCUCAUUCAUCUUCUUCAGCUCCUUCCUGAUGCUGAAUUUAUUUGUGGCUGUGAUCAUGGAUAACUUUGAGUACUUGACAAGAGACUCCUCAAUCCUGGGUCCACAUCACCUGGAUGAGUUUGUUCGUAUCUGGGGGGAGUACGACCGUUUGGCAUGUGGUCGCAUCCACUACACUGCUAUGUACGAGAUGUUAACACACAUGUCCCCACCACUGGGCCUUGGUAAAAAAUGUCCUGCUAAGAUCGCUUAUAAGAGGUUGGUGUUAAUGAACAUGCCUGUGGAUGAGGACAUGACCGUCCACUUCACCUCCACCCUGAUGUCGCUCAUCCGCACGGCUUUGGAGGUCAAAAUAGCAAGAGGUGGGGAGGACCGUCUCGCUCUGGAUUCUGAACUGCAGAAAGAGAUUAGUAUCAUUUGGCCUUAUCUGCCCCAGAAGAAUCUGGAUCUUCUGGUUCCUAUCAACAAAGAUACAGACAUGACGGUGGGAAAGAUCUACGCUUCAAUGAUGAUAAUGGACUACUUCAAACAGAACAAAGCCAAGAAACUCAGGCUACAACUUGAAGCUCAGGCUAAGAGCAACUUAAUGUUCAAGCGUCUGGACGCAUCCACCCUCCCAGAGGACAUUCUGUCCAACACCCAGACGCUGCCCAUGAUGGCCCACAGCGCCGGCUCAGCCUUGACCAGAGGAGGUUUCGUGGCUUUGAGCCCCAUCUCACCGCAGGAACUCUUCAUGCAGCCCAUCAGCUCUGAUGCUGAUGUUAGUCAACAGCAGAGUCUGCAGACAGAGGUUGCAGGCGGCUCUAUGAAGCGUUCAGUCUCCACUGUCGCCGAUCAGCGGGUCAACGGACUGUGGCAGGACGAGAAGAGUCCUGAGCGACUGUAUCGACCUCGCCACAAAAGCUACAAGGCUGCUGUUUCUCGGUCUGAGCACUGGCAGAAAGGUGACAGAGAGCGCGGCAGGUCAAAGGAGCGCUGCCACCUUCUCUCUCCUGGCGCAUCUCGUUCAAACUCGGAGGAAAGAAUUAUGCAGCCCUCCCGAUCCCCUAGUGCAGAGAGGGCACAGCCCCGUGAUAAACAGGGCAACAGCUCAGAGAGUCCUGUUCCCUCCACCUCAGAGUCCAGUUCUCCCAGUGGCCGUCGUCCUUUAUCUCAGACCCCGACUCGCUCUCGCCCUCACAUCUCCUACUCCCCACUCGUGAGUCGCACUCAUCCCUCUGUUGGCGAGGAUGAGGAUGAACAAGGCAGCCCAGAGACCAUCAGACGCAAGCUCACCUGGCAGACCGAAGAGGGUGUCGCUGACGAGAUGCAGAGUGAGGAAGGCCACAACCCUUCCCCACCUCGGCGCUACCCCUCCGAGCCUUUCCUGGCCUCCCAAGAUGACGACCACAGCCCAGACCCCUCCGGUCCCAUGGAGACGUUGACCUUCGAGGCUGCCGUGGCCUGCGCUCUGGGACGAUCAAACACUGUCAGCUCGGCUCGCCCACGUUUGCGAACUGGCUGGCAGGUCCCAAACGGACAUUUUCGGAAGCGUCUGGCGCAGACAACAUCUGCGGCUGGCUGUGAUGCCCUCAGUGACACAGAGGAGGACGAUAGGUGCUAGGGACAGGAGGCUCAGCAUGACAGAGAAUCCCGGAGUGGUGUUAGAGGACUCAGUACGGAGUCCAGGUUAAUGUGACUCUUUUUGCAUCCAUGCUUAGAGGCCAUGAGCCCUCUGGAUGUUUGGUUAAUUCAAACCCAAAACAAAGAAUGGAAAAGAACAAUACUUCCUGAAACUGUAGUUGCCAAUUCACACCAAACACUGACAAUAAAUAAGGUCUAGUUCCUGACUUGUACUUGAUGAUAGAGAGUAAUAAUACAUCUCAAAUAAUCAUGGGAUGCAGAAAAUAAAAGAAUGGAUCAAUUUGUCAUUUGUGUCAAUAGGUAUUUUCAUUUCUGAACAUGUUUCUAAAUGACUCAGUGUUGCUCUGAAAAGUAUUUAUCUGUGGGGUGUGUGAAUAUGUAACUACAUUUUCUUAUAAAUAAUUGUUUUGUAAAUACAUAGUGAUCAUAAAACCAUUGACAUCGAUGAAACCAGAUCAAUACAACAAGCCAUCAUGGAGAGGCACCUGAAACUUUACCAGACAAUGUGGAUACUAAUAAGUAACACUCAAUGAUGCUGGAUUUUUUUACAGUAUGAAUGACUGUGCAGGGGGGGAAAACUGCCUGAUUUCCCCUUCAUUUUUUUCAUUUUGGUAUUGAACAUAAUAAGUUGUGAGAAAUGAAUACAGAUAUAGAAUAUCAGAAAAAAUGCUUAUUUGUUAUUUCACCCUACAUCACUGUUAAAUCAUUGCCUCCAACAAACCAUGAAUAUUUCUUGACAAUGCUCCACUACAGUCUGUUUAUUUAUUUUUUUCCAGUCUGAUCCCUUUAAAUCAGAAUUCCUCACCAACAUCCUGAUUUUGAGAAAAAGUUGGUGUGUAAUUUCACCAUGAAUUGCUAUGAAAAGCAAAUGAUCUCAUCUAUUUUCACCUUUUUCUUCUUUGAGACUACAUCACACCACUGCAGACCACGACUGUAGAAACACUGUAGACACACCAUGACACAUUUUGCUUCACAAAUUAACAUUACUCUAUUACUUACUAAUAAUGUACAGAGAAUUUAAGCUGUUUGUAACAUUUAGAAGUAAAAAAACAUUAUCAGCUGAUGAGCUUUAAAGGUAAAGGAAUCUUUGGAAAUGUUCAUUUUAAGGUUUGUGUUUUUGUUUUAUUUGCCUGAAGAAGGCCAAUUCUGUGAAACUCACUUAACUAAAAAAACAUGGAGAUUUGUAUCAUAAGUUCCUGGAAUGCAAAUACUUUGUGGGUUUUUAUGUGUACAAUAGCUGUAUAUAAAAAUAAAGUUGUCUUCAAGUUGC